AUGGGAUGCGGGACGAGCAAUGUCGAGAACAGCCGCUGCCGUCUCCGCGCCGAUAAGGAGCUGUACUUGCCGUCAACGGAACUGCAUUUCAACGCCGGUCAGAUGCAAAGGCUCAACGACAACUUCCUGCGUGGUUACGAAAACUCGGAUGACAUACCUACUAGUUCAUCAUCACUAAACGUCGAAGCCAUAGUUAAUCGUAUUAUGCAACGUUUGUUGUGUGGAAUUGGGAAGUUGGACAAACGAUUCGCCUGCAAAUUUUUGAUCACGGCAGAACCCAUGUCAACCUCAAUAAAGUUAUCCAAAAGCUUCAGUUAUUAUGUACGACUUGACGUAUUGUCAGAACCGAAAAUUUACGAAGACGAUUUUGACUACCAAGUAAAAUGUGUAGUGGAAGAAGACGGCGUACCCCAAGGCUUUGCUAAAAUCCGACUAGUCACCAAUGAACCCGAAAAAUGGGCUGAUUUAAUUGACAAUGAUGGAUAUCUCAGACGUGAUAAACUAAAAUUGCGCUUCGUUGAAUUGCUGGCCAAGUCCGCUUCCUGCAAGAGUGACUUCGUCGGUCGACCCGAAGACGUGGACGAAAGUUACUUGUGUGGGUGUCCUGGUAAGAUCGUCGACGCGGGAUUACUGCACGAGAUCCUCAAGAGUCCCGCUGACGAACAUGUGUUUUUUGGGAUGGGCAGCACCGGUUCCAGUAAAUUUCCCGACCCGAGAGAUCUAAGGAUCGCCGUCGUCGAAGACGCGCAGUGCGUCAAAUUGCGCAUAUCUGGUCCUAAAACGUCCGGCGACAUUGCCGUCGUUCUACUGCCCGCCAUAGAGUUUUCCGGUUGGCCUAAGUACACAGACGUCCUGUCCAGAAUACCUCUCACUCAUCCAGACAUUCUCAUACAUCAACAAGCCACGACUAUGGGAUACUACGCGGUUCCAGUGGCGCCACAUCCAACGGUCCGGUGUUACGGUCGGCCGGCCACUUUUCAGAUGAGAUUCCCGGCGGCCGAGUGUCUGUACCAGACGCACUACUCGGAACGGAGCGUGGUGAGCAACAUCUACCACUUCCUCCGGACCAAGGUGCCGAAGCUGCGGAAGGGCGAAAAUGGUGUGUGCGUGGUAAGCGGUUACAUGCUAAAGACGCUGCUGUGGUUCCGGCUGGAGGCGUGUGGCCGGGUCGAGGACUGGGACCACCGGUGCGUGGCCGUGCACGUGCUGUCGGUGCUCGACUCGCUGGUGGCCGCGCUCAAGGCCCAGCACCACCGGUCGUACUUCUACCCUUACGCCAACGUCGUGCUGAACGCGCCUCGGGCCUGCCGGACGAUGGUGUCCGAAGAUGAUUACCAGAACGACGUGGAGAUCGUGGAGGCAUACAUGUACGGACUGUUCGAGAAGUCUAUGGGCAGCGACUCGAUCGUCACCGGACAGGCGUUCCAGAACACGGACGCCGAUUACUGGCAGAACUUGGAGUCGGUCAUGCUGCACAAGUGGCACCGGGUGCUGGAUACCAUGGACCCGAAGCCCCGGAGGUUGGAUUACUCGAGGAAACAAGUGGAGUAUAUCGGCGAAGUGUUCAAGGGGAUGUUGGCCACCAGGCACUGCGUUUCGACGGGCGCGGAGGAAUCGUCGUCCGCUUGGCACUUUCUGACAGAAGAAAAGAUCCCACGGUGCAGCACCGGGUUGGUAGCUGGAGACGAGAUCGGGCUGGACGCCGCGUACCUGGUUUCGGUUGUCGCGGAACAGGCCCUGGCCAUUUACGGGGCUGCCCGGGACAAGAAGGACGACGACCGGAAGCGGCGGCCGUUGCGUUCAGCCGUCACAGCCGACAAAAAGAGCGGUGUCGGUGGUGGUGGUGGCCGCCGCGGUCGGUGUCUCGCGGGACGCCAGCGCCGCCGGACACAGUCCACCGGUGGUGGACCGGAAGCGGUGCGCCGGUUGCUAUGUGAUGUGUACGCGGACGCAACGGUGGCCGACAUUUCCGGUGACUCAGACCUGGUGCGGUUCGUGCUCGGACGGCUCCAAACGGCGGCUGCGGCCGCCUCGGCCACAGACUUCCGACCCCUGCGGUGCAGGCGACGUCGAGUUGGACUGGGCCCGCCGCUGUCGCUGUUCCUGCGCCAGCUGUACGACGUGUCGCACAGCACUUGUUGGCACCUGGACGAGUGGCGGCGGAGGUGGGACCGGGACGAGCUACGUUCAUUGGGUGCUUUCGCCAGACUGCUGUGCAGGGACGAAGUGCGGCCUACCGAUGCGCUGUUGGACGCCAUACAGAAAGGAUGGUCUUGGGCCGACAAACUGCUGUUGGCCGCCGUCGAAUUCCAGGACGGCGUGGACAUAGUCUGCACGCCGGGACCGGGGGACGUGCAACGUUUCAGUAUAUCGCUUUCGGAACCUGAACAGGAAACAUUCGCGUCCCGCAGCCUGGGCCGGGCCGCGGACAGACAACAACGGUAUUCCGCUCGGGCGGACACGGUAUCCAAUAAAUUCAAAACGGUUAGAGGCAUGUCGUUUUUGGACGCCGACAGCUCGCUAAACGAAAAGAAAAACGCUCCGAAAACGACCGUCGCCUCGUACGUCCGUCUUCAGUGGCAGAGUCCCAUGACAGCGACGAUUGCAUCCAACAGAUACAGGAGCAACCACCGGGUCCUGGGAAACAUCGUCAACGCCUUGAUAAACUUACAAAAGUACACAGUGUUGCAGGAAAUGUGUGCAGUAUUGCCGGAAGACAAACAAGGGCCGGUGCUGGACGAUAUCCGAAAGAUCAGCAAGGAGAGACGCCGGCAACGGGCACCGAUGUUGGCGUCUGCCGCGGCUCGCCAAGGCCAGUCUGCACCGGCCGACGGAUUGACCGGCGUCUAUCGGUCGACGUCCGAACUGUCGUAUGCCUGCGCGAUGGCCCCGAUCACAGACGAAGGCAACGGCCACGGCGCGGGCGUGCUGCGGAAGUCCGACGCGGGCACUCUGAUGGCCACGGUGCGGGCGGCCAGACGUAGACAGUCCAUGUCCGCCACUGUCGUCUACAACCCGGCAUUCUACGACGCGCCAGAAUCGCCACCCAUGGCCACUUUGCCGGCGGCAAUCAACCCGGCAGGCCAACCGUAUCUACACAUGACACCCGAAAACUGGUUCAGUCUGCAUAGCCGGCAACGGCCGUAUCCGGAUCCGGACGUUCAAUGA